GAGCUGGGCAAGGCGUUGCUGCAGCUCCGGGAGGCGAGGCUUGCCGUGGUGCAAGCUUCCAAGAAGCACUUGCAGGAGUUGGCGAAGCAGCUGCCGAAGACCGGCAAGCUGGAGUUGCGCUGGAUGCAGGACUUGCGGCACGUCGACGACCAACGCCUGGACGAAUUGCACAAGACUUUGUCCAAAGGCUUCGCUGAGGUUCAGUCGCUGAUAAGUGUGGCAGCCUUAGAGCUGCCAAGAGUCAUGAGGGCUCCGCCGGUCUGA